AUGGGUUCUAUGGGCGGAUCUCCCCAGUUCAGGACUAUACAGUCAUUUACCCCAGACUACUGUCCUAAUCGGAUAACUCAAUAUGAAUCAAAGCGAACAGGUAUGCGAGUGGUUGUUGUGGACCAGGAGGGGCCCAAGUUGCAUGGCUUUUUUGUACUUGCGACCGAGAUUCAUGAUGAUUCCGGUGCUCCUCACACUCUCGAGCAUCUCUGCUUCAUGGGCUCGAAGUCCUACAAGUACAAAGGAUUUCUUGACAAGCUAGCCACCAGAGCGUACGCAGGAACGAAUGCUUGGACUGCCACAGAUCAUACAGCCUACACUCUCGAGACUGCAGGAUGGGCCGGCUUUCGUCAGAUCCUGCCUGUAUAUCUCGAACAUGUAAUUCUACCAACUCUCACAGAUUCCGGCUGUCUGACAGAAGUACACCAUAUCGAUGGCAAAGGUCUAGAUGCUGGAGUCGUCUACUCUGAGAUGCAAGGUGUCCAGAAUACGGCGCAAGAAUUGAUCGAUCUUCGGAGCAAGCGGUUGCUAUAUCCCCAAGGUAGUGGGUUUCGAUAUGAGACUGGCGGCAUGAUGGAGCAAUUGCGAGUCCUGACGGCUGACCGCAUCCGACAAUUCCACCGCGAUAUGUAUCAGCCAAGAAAUCUAUGUCUGUGUCUUUUCGGCGAGAUAAACCACGACGAACUCUUGGAAACACUCAGUGAGUUUGAGACUUCAAUAACGGAUGACAUUCCUGAUCCUGGACUACCUUUUCAACGACCUUGGAUCGACUCCGAGAAGCUUCAACCUCUUACUGAGUCAACUGUAGAAGUGAUCGAGUUCCCUGAAGAGGACGAGUCCAUGGGUCAGAUUGACAUUCGUUUUCUGGGACCGAAUUGUGCCGACUCGUUGCAAAUAUCUGCGUUGCAGGUGGUAUUGCUCUACCUCGCUGGUUCAUCUGCAGCCGUGCUCGACAACACCCUUGUCGAAAAGGAGCAAAUCGCGAGUGGAGUCUACUAUUCAAUCGAUAGUCGUCCGAAAACCGAAAUCACUUUCUCCCUGUCAGGAGUCGCCGCGGCCAAAUUAGAGCAAGUCGAGGCAAGAUUCUUCGAGGUCUUGAAAGGUGCUCUGGACAAGCCUCUGGACAUGUCUUUUAUGCAGGAUUGCCUUGAACAGCAAACUAGGACAUUCAAAUUUGAUGCCGAGACUUCUGCUACAGCGUUCGUGAACGAUAUCAUAUCAGACUACCUGUUUGGCAACAGAGACGGUUCUACUCUGGCAAGCCUCAAGAACCUCGACGAUUAUGACGUGACAUUAAAAGCUUGGACUGAGACUGAAUGGAAGACCUUCAUCAAGCGAUAUAUAUCUGAUGCUAAUCAUGUUUCAAUGUUAGGAAAGCCUUCCGCAGCGCUGUCGGAGAAGUUUAAGGCGGACGAAGCAAAGAGGAUAGAAGAACAGCAGAAGAAACUUGGACCUGAAGGCCUCAAGGAGUGUGAAAGAAAGCUCGAGGCUGCUAAAGCAGAAAAUGAUCGAGAAAUUCCACAUUCGUUACUCGCGAAGUUCAGAGUGCCACCAAUAGAGAGCAUCCAUUUCGUCACCACAUCAUCUGCACGGAUCGGGCCUGCGCUUGCAGUAGGCCGUCCCUCAACCCAGUUCCAGUCCAUCAUCGAGGCAGACGACAAAGAUAUGCCUCUUUUCAUCGACUUCGAGCAUAUUCCUUCCAAUUUCGCACGAGUGAAUCUGAUCAUCUCGACUGAACAUGUGCCCAUCGAGCUCAGACCACUAAUCCCGGUAUACCUUGAGGCAUUUUUCAAUUUACCGAUUCAAAGAGGCGAUAAAGUGGUCGACUUUGAACAGGUCGUUAUCGAACUUGAGCGCGAAACUGUUGGCUACAAUAUAGAAACGGCUUCUGGUCUUGGCAACAGCGAGUGUCUGCGAAUCGAGUUUGAAGUUGAAGUCGAAAAAUAUAGCGAUGCCAUUCGGUGGAUGAAAGAACUAAUGUGGCACUCGAUCUUCGACAUUGAGCGUCUCAAAGCGAUCAACUCGCGGCUACUGGCAGACGUUCCUGACUACAAGCGCAGCGGUAAUGGCAUGCUUACCGCGUGCCAUCUCAUGUUACACCUGGCACCAGAAUCCAUCGCUCGUGCCAAGUCCACACUGACCAAGGCCCUCUACCUCAAACGAACCAGAGCGCUCCUCAAGUCUGAUCCGGAGAGGUUAGUUUCCCAAAUGGAGGCAUUCCGCAAGACCCUCUGCCAGUUCCCCAACUUCCGCGUCCUGGUCGUGGCUGAUCUCGAGAAACUCGAGAACCCAGUCUCGUCAUGGCGUAGCUUGUUGUCCGAUUUAGCAAUUGAUCCUGCAAAACCACCACCUCUAGCUCCUCUGGGUAGCCGUCUUGCUCGUCUGAGCCCAGCAGGCCUAUCACCCGGCAAGUCUUCGCAUGUUAUCCCAAUGGCAACCAUUGAUUCAUCUUAUGCUUAUGCCGUGGCUCGUGGUCCAACCUCAUACGACGACCCUAAACUGCCGGCUUUGAUGGUCGCCAUGGCCUAUCUAAACGCCGUCGAAGGCCCAUUGUGGACCGCAGUUCGAGGCACCGGCCUCGCAUACGGCACAAGUAUGUCCUACGACAUACACUCAGGCUUCAUCAACAUCGACGUCUAUCGAUCCCCCGAUGCAUACAAAGCCUUCCUUGCAGCGAGAGACGUGAUUGGCGCGCAUAUCGAUGGCACCACUCCUUUCGAUUCACUCAUGCUAGAGGGCGCGAUCAGCAGUAUCGUGGUCGGAUUUGCGAACGAGCAAGGUACCCUCGCUAGCGCUGCGGUUGCAAGUUUUGUGAGACAAGUCAUGAGAGGGUUGCCGGAGGAUUAUAUGCAGAUCAUGUUGAAGAAGGUUAGGGAUAUUGAUGUGGAGGCUAUUAAGCAGAGUUUGAAGGAUGUUGUCUUUGAUGUAUUCACGCCUGGAAAGUCAGACGUGCUUGUUACGUGUGCGACAGGGUUGACCGAGCAAAUCAAGACCGGUCUCGGGUCUCUGGGUUACCAGCCUGAAGUACAUGAUCUCAAUUGGUUCCAGGAUGAUUACGGAUUGAAGACUGGGGAGGAUGAUGAGGCAGAAGAAGAUGACGAUGAUGACGACGAAGACGAAGACGAGGAUGAUGACGGUGAUGAGAGCGGCAAUGAUGAAGAUGACGAGGACGAUUGA